AUGAUGAACUCCCUCCGGUCUUCUUCCGUCGCAUUGCGCGCUCGGUUGACCCCUCCCGCCCCUCUCUCUUCUACUCGCCUUCUUUCCUCCCACACUGCUACUUUCUCUUCCUCCAAGAGAUCCCUCUCCUCUGCUCCCCUUCGAUCUCCUAAAAUUGCGCCCUUUCGCUCCCGAUCAAUUCCGUCCUUGUACCUCAAUCAAUACCGAACCAUGGCUACCGAAUCCAAGAUCAAGGUCCUCAACCCGGUGGUGGAGUUGGAUGGUGAUGAGAUGACCCGUAUCAUUUGGAAGGAAAUCCGAGAAAAGUUGAUUCUGCCUUAUCUGGACAUUGACCUCAAGUACUACGACUUGGGUCUUGAGUACCGUGACGAGACCAACGACCAGGUCACCAUUGACUCCGCUGAGGCCAUCAAGAAGUAUGGUGUCGGUGUCAAGUGCGCCACCAUCACCCCCGAUGAGGCUCGUGUGGAGGAGUUCAAGCUGAAGAAGAGUGAGCUUUGCCUGUGGCUCUCUCCCAACGGAACUAUCCGUAACAUCCUUGGCGGUACCGUGUUCCGUGAGCCCAUCAUCAUUCCCGCCAUUCCUCGUCUGGUUCCUGGCUGGACCAAGCCUAUUGUUAUCGGCCGUCACGCUUUCGGUGACCAAUACCGCGCCACUGACCGCGUUAUCCCCGGCCCCGGCAAGCUCGAGCUGGUCUACACCCCGGCUGGUGGUGAGCCUGAGGUCGCUCAGGUCUUCGAGUUCAAGAAUGGCGGCGGUGUCGCUCAGACCCAGUACAACACUGAUGACUCUAUCCGCGGCUUUGCUCACGCCUCUUUCAAGAUGGCCCUCCUCAAGGGUCUCCCUCUCUACAUGAGCACCAAGAACACUAUCUUGAAGCGCUACGAUGGCCGCUUCAAGGAUAUCUUCCAGGAAAUCUAUGAGGCUGAGUACAAGAAGGAGUUCGAUGCCAAGAACAUCUGGUACGAGCAUCGCCUGAUCGACGACAUGGUCGCUCAGAUGAUCAAGAGCGAGGGCGGUUUUGUCAUGGCCUUGAAGAACUAUGACGGUGACGUCCAAUCCGACGUUGUCGCUCAAGGUUUCGGCUCUCUCGGCCUGAUGACCUCCACCCUGGUUACCCCCGAUGGCUCUGCUUUCGAGUCCGAGGCCGCCCACGGUACCGUCACUCGCCACUACCGGGAGCACCAGAAGGGCCGUGAGACCUCUACCAACCCCAUCGCCUCUAUCUUCGCCUGGACCCGGGGUCUGGUCCAGCGUGGUCAGCUUGACAACACCCCCGACGUUGUUGCUUUCGCCGAGGCCCUCGAGGCCGCCUGUGUUGACGUCGUCAACGAGGAGGGCAUCAUGACCAAGGACCUGGCGCUUGCCCAGGGCCGCAAGGAGCGUGAGGCCUGGGUCACCACCGGCGAGUACCUUGCUGCCGUUGAGCGCCGCCUCAAGGCCAACCUCAAGGCUCGUCUGUAG